GAUCUCGUCCCCUCCUCCCCUGCUACAGCACACCUGCUUUCUCUUGGCUGCACGCAUUCUCACAGUGAUCGGCUCUUUGGCCUGCCGUGCUGCAGCUUCACUCCAUCCCUCUCUGGAUUUUCGGUUGAUCUUCGUUCUCUCAGCUUCCUGCGAACGGCACAGGUCAGUGACAGCAUGAGGUUGGCCUGUCUCACCCUGCUCCUGGUGUCCGUAUGUUGGGCUCUGCCCUUCCAUCAGAGUGGCUUUCUAGACUUCAUGAUGGAGGACGACCCAAGUUCAGGUGACGGCCCAACUUUAGUUCCUCCUGUUGAAGAGGUUCUUCCUGAAGUUCGCGUUGGACCCAUUUGUCCCUUCAGAUGCCAGUGCCAUCUGCGUGUGGCGCAGUGCUCUGAUCUAGGGAUGAAAAACGUUCCCUCGGAGAUCGCACCAGACACCCACCUGCUGGACCUGCAAAACAACAAGAUCACUGAGAUCAGAGAGAACGACUUCAAAGGCCUCAAAGAACUUCACGCUCUCAUCCUGGUAAACAACAAGAUCACCAUCAUCCACGCCAAGGCCUUCGCUCCUCUUGUCAACCUUCAGAGGCUUUACCUGUCCAAGAACAUGCUGAAGGAGAUUCCCAGCAACAUGCCCAAGAGCGUCCAGGAGCUGCGCAUCCACGAGAACCAGAUCACCAAAAUCAAGAAGGCCUCCUUCACUGGCAUGGUUAAUGUCAUUGUCAUGGAGCUUGGUUCCAAUCCCUUGACCAGUUCGGGUGUAGACGCAGAUGCUUUCAAGGAUCUGAAAAGGGUUUCCUAUAUCCGCAUUGCCGACACCAACAUUUCCAGCAUUCCCAAAGGUCUCCCAACCUCUCUGUCAGAGCUCCAUCUGGACAGCAACAAAAUUACGAAGGUCACUUCCGACAGCCUGAAAGGUCUUAAGAACCUGGCCAAGCUUGGUCUGAGCAGUAACGAGAUCAGUGUUGUGGAGAAUGGCACUCUGGCCAUGAUGCCACACUUGAGGGAGCUCCACCUGGACCACAACGCUCUAACCAGCGUUCCUGCUGGUCUCCCCGACCACAAGUACAUUCAGGUCAUCUAUCUUCAUGCCAACAAGAUAGCCACUGUCGGAACAGAAGACUUCUGCCCUCCAAGCUUCAACACCAAGAAGGCCAUGUAUUCUGGCAUCAGUCUGUUCAGCAACCCGGUGCCAUACUGGGAGGUCCAACCCAUCACCUUCCGCUGCGUCUUUGACCGCUCUGCUGUUCAGCUGGGCAACUACAGGAAGAAAUAAGACGUCCAGUCCAUUCAGAGUGCCUGACCACUGUCCUUAAACCCCACCCCUUUCCUCCCCUCAUUUUCCAAAGCACCUCAACGUGUGUGUAACUCGAAUUCGAAUGUCAUAACUCGGAUGACUUAAAAUGUCUUCCGAGUAUACUGAAAAUAGCACACAACAGGCAAUACUGCGCACUAAUCUCACUUAAUCGAGUAAUAAACAAUAACAUCAAGUAUCUUGCACAUUACAUGUUACAAAAAGAAAUAGCUACAAACACGUAUCAGGCUUUAUUCCUGUUUUUUUUUUCUCUCCUGUACAUCCCUAUAGCACUAGUAGAACCUUGUGUUAAGUAAAAGAGCAUAAAUAAAUGAUUUUAGCGGUAUCGGUUAAAGAAUAAAAAAGCCAUGACCACUUAAUAGGAUAAUCACGUGCACGUAUACAGUACAUAGUCCUUAGGUUCAAAACAAUGUGGUUCUAUUCAGAGGUUCAUCUACAGAAGAUCCACUCCUAGCCCCUUUCCUGACCUUUGGGACUUUUCUAAAAUUGACAAGGCGGGCCUGCUGAGCGGGCAGCGAAAGGUUUAUUUGCUCACACAGUACCAGGAUAAAAAGCUGAUACACUAUGUGCGGUCAACUAUUAUUACCCGUAUAGCAGUAGUGUUCAGACUGUACUGUUAGAAAUACAGCCAUCAGAGCUCGAAGUUUCUUUCUUUUUCUGUAGUAUUCGUUUUGAAUUAGGAGAUAGAAAGAAUCGUCACACUGCAGUAUUUUCCUCCUCUCGCUUCCAGUUGUGCAUUUCGUUCGUUCGUUCGUUCGUUCGUUUUGUCUGAUCGUUUUAAUCCAAGCCGCCAUGUCAAAUAUGGCAGGGGAAAAAAAAGCUCUUCAAGAGAUAGAAUCAUCUAGAUUUUUUUUUUUUUAUUGGAAGCAAUUCCCAAAGAACUACACUUUUUUUUUCAGACUAUUCUGCUAUUUGUUUUUCUUCACCUCUUUCGAGGGUGGCGUGCCAUGUUUAAAUGUGUGCAUUUUAUGACCGGUGAAGAGUAGAAGGAGCAAAUAGACGUGGCUGAACGUGUCCCUCUCUGUCCUGUGUUAGUGACUGUCACAUGUAUAGAAGCUGUAAAUAAAUGCUAUAUUAAAAAAAUUCCCUUUUCUUGCUUAAAGGAAACGAGCACGGUAUUCGUCCGGACUUUAAUAUAUCGGCAAUAAAGGUGACUUCUUUCUUGA